CAAACGCUUCUAUUCCCUAGCAACACCAAAACAAUGAAGGGGUGCCUACUUUUUUAUUUUUUACGUGUUCUCUUAAAACAUCAAUGUUUCUAAGUAAGGACGCGUGGGGAUAUUAGCUAGCUACAGUACACGAGAAGUCUGAAUUUUAUUUAACUGAAACGUUUUAAAUUUUCCGGCAGCGGAACUGGUUAUUUUGUACCACACGGAACAGGUUGCGUUGGGAACGGAAACCAAAUCUGUAAACAAACGUAACGUUUGUUAGCCAGCAACAGUUUUAGUUGGAAUACGUAAACACGUGCUAACAACUGUGGACUAAGCUCUGAGAAGAUGUUUAAAAACACGUUUCAAAGCGGAUUCUUGUCCAUUUUAUACAGCAUUGGCAGCAAACCACUUCAGAUAUGGGAUAAAAAGGUGAGGAAUGGACAUAUCAAGAGAAUCACAGACAAUGACAUCCACUCACUGGUGUUGGAAGUGGAGGGGACAAAUGUCAGUACCACAUAUAUAACAUGUCCCGCAGACCCCAAGAAGACAUUGGGCAUCAAGCUUCCUUUUCUUGUUAUGAUCAUCAAAAAUCUUAAGAAGUAUUUCACCUUUGAAGUCCAGGUGUUAGAUGAUAAAAACGUUCGCCGGCGGUUUCGGGCGAGUAACUAUCAAAGCACGACUCGAGUGAAGCCAUUUAUCUGCACCAUGCCUAUGAGGCUGGAUGAUGGCUGGAACCAGAUUCAGUUCAACCUGUCGGACUUCACCAGGAGGGCCUACGGGACCAAUUACAUUGAGACGCUGCGUGUACAGAUCCAUGCUAACUGUCGAAUAAGGAGAGUAUAUUUCUCAGACAGACUGUACGCCGAGGAUGAGCUCCCAGCCGAGUUUAAACUCUACCUGCCUGUCCAGAACCAGAAAGCAAAGCAGUAGAGAUGCUCACCCUGCACUGUUCCCCCAGACAUGAUGAUGUGGCGUUUAGCUUUCAGAUUCUCUGAGUGUAAACAUACAAUGAACUUAAAAACUUUGCAAUAUUGUAAUCUUGAAACUAUGACUUUUGAGUGCUGUUUUAUGUUGCUCUCUGCACAGUAAAUUUUUUUAAUGGACUUCUCUGUCCUCCGUUUUCAAUGCCGACUUAAGGGGUUGAAUCUGUUUUCUAGACGCAAUAGUUUCAGUCUAGAAAACACAUUGCCCAGUAGCCAUCUUAUGUGCUGGCAACAAACCAGGAAUUUCAGGAUAUUCCUCUGUUACCUGCGAAUAAAAAUUAAGGCCCUUGUUUUUUUUUAAAUAAAGAAAAAUAGACGAUUCAUUCAUCAAAUAUAAAUCUUUAUCAAUUAACACAAAUCAAGUGAAAGGCUAUAAAAAAUGAUUUGCAUUCUCGAAACACGUUUUACUUUGGAUUUCUGUGUACUGUAUGAACAGAUCAGUCAUACAUUCAUUUUACUACAUGUUUCAUCGAACAAUCAUCCCAAAACAUCUAAAGACAGUUCAACUUUUAAAGCUACAUCUUAAGCAUUUUGAACUUGUAUUCCAAGAGCACACACAGUGCCGUAAUAAUGUGAAAACAAGAAGUAAUAGGCUUCAGGUGAAUAAAAUCACACAAAACAAAUGAACCAGGAGAUGCAAGAUAUUCUCAGGAGUUUUAACAGUCCCAUCUCGAGCUGAGGUGAUGACGAUUUAACAGAAAAAAAAUAUUGCUUUAAAGUCAACAUUGCAUUUAACUGCGGGCAGUUGCCAAGUAUGAUGCAUUGUGAAUCUAUUCGCUACAUAGAAUAAGGUUAAGGAAGUAUUUGGCCUCUGUCUUUUUCAUGUAAAACAAUAGUUUUACAUUCUGAGUUUUAAAUUAUUUUUACAGCAGGCACUUGUAAAUUUCAAUAAGGAAUGCCAACACAGUCUUUUUGAUAACUGGUGUUAUUCUUUAACAACAUUUUCCCUGAAAUGUGACCAAUUAGGAA